CACACCUGGCGGCGGUCAUCUUGGUCUCUGCUGUCUGUCUGCAGCAAGCGAUUUUUCAGCGGUUAGAGGAGCGCGAUUUCGAGUGAUCGGGAAGACUGCAGAGCCAGUAUUGUCCCCGCGGACGGAGUCGGUUCUGAGGGUGACCGAGGGCGCUGCUUUGUGACAGCAGUUACGGCGGCCGAGUCCGUCUCUUCUGGCUUUACCCCACCUACAGGCUUUGAUGGUGACGCUUGCCCGGAACGACCCGGUUCAGGUCCCUAUGGGUGCAGAAGUGUUUACUCACCAUGCACAGGGCAGUGUGACCUUUGGGGAUGUGGCUGUGGACUUUUCCUGGGAAGAGUGGAAGCUUCUUGAUGAAACACAGAGACUCCUGUACUUGGAUGUGAUGCUGGAGAACAUUGCCCUCGUGGCCUCACUGGGACUUAUAUCUUCCCGGAUUCAUGUUGUACAACUGGAGGUGGGGGAACAGACCCAGGUGCCUGACACGGCUGACUUUACUCCAGUCGUCUCGAAGGAUACUGGCUCUGGUUGUUUGUUUUCAAUGGAAGUUGAGGCAUCUUCUCAAAGAGGGUCACAAGUCAAGGCUCUGAAUGCAAGUACUGCUGCCCAGAAGGUUUACCCUUGUGAGGUGUGUGGCCCAGUGGUGAAGGACAUUUUGUCUUUGGGUGAGCAUCAGAAAAUACAUCCUGGGCAGAACCUGCACACAUGCGAGGCCUGUGGAAGACAGCUGUGGUUCUUUACAGAUGUCCUUCAGCAGCACAUUCAGGAGCAGCGCAUUGAAGAGAAAGAUGUCAGGAGGUGUGAGGAGACAGCUGUGUUUGUUAACAGCUCUCCAGCACACACCUCAGUGAGUUCCUUUAUGUGCAUAGAUGGUGAUGAGGAUCCCCUGGGCAGUUCGAGUCACCUACAGCACCAGGCCAGGGGUAAUGAAGGAAAUCCAUACACAAUCACUAGCUACAGCACAGCCUUUCAAACUAAGGAAAGACUUUAUGAGUGCAACGAAUGUGGGAAAUUCUUUAGUCACAAAAUUGCACUUGUUUGGCACCAGAGAAUCCACAGAGAAGUGACUGAAAGUGAGAAUAUCCUUAGUGCAGACCCUGUCCUUAUUGCACAUCCGAGAGUUCAUACCGGUGAGAAGCCAUGUGAGUACGAUGAACAGGGGAAGUUCUUUAGCCAAAGCUCCAGCCUCAUCCUACACCAGUGGGUUCACUCUGCUUUAAAGCCUUAUCAAUGCAAUGAAUGUGGAAAAGCCUUCAGAUGCAAAUCCAGGCUUGUUCAGCAUCAGAGAAUCCACACUGGAGAAAGGCCUUUUGAGUGUACAAAAUGUGGAAAAUUCUUUAGACAGAGUUCUGUCUUUAUUGAACACCAGAGAGUUCACACUGAAGCAAAACCUUAUCAGUGCAAUGAGUGUGGGAAAUUCUUUAGGAGUAAAGUAACACUGGUUCGACACCAUAAACUCCACACAGGUGAAAAGCCUUACGAGUGCAGUGAAUGUGGGAAGUCAUUUAUUCAGAGCUCUUACCUUACUGCACAUAUGAGAGUUCACACUGGAGAAAAGCCUUAUGCGUGCAGUGAAUGUGGAAAAGCCUUUAGAAUCAAAAACAAACUUGUUAGGCACCAGAGAAUCCACACUGGAGAAAAGCCUUAUGAGUGCAAUGAGUGUGGGAAGUUCUUUAGAAGCAGAGUGAUACUUGUCCGGCACCAGAGAAUCCACACUGGAGAAAAGCCUUACGAGUGCAGUGAAUGUGGGAAGUUCUUCAGAGAAAGCUCCAGCCUUAUUUCACACCAGAGAGUUCACACUGGUGAAAAGCCGUAUGAGUGCACUGAAUGUGGGAAAUGCUUUAGCCAUAGAUCAAGCCUCAAUUUACACCAGCGAGUUCACACUGGAGCAAAACCUUAUGAGUGCCCUGAAUGUGGGAAAGCUUUCAGCCGUAAAGAUGGACUUGUUCAGCACCAGAGAAUCCACAGUGAAGAAAGGCCUUAUGAAUGUAGCAUAUGUGGGAAAUUCUUCAAGCAAAGCUCUGGACUCUUUGUACACCGGAGAAUCCACAGAGGAACAAGGCCUUAUCAGUGUAAUGAAUGUGGUAAAAAUUAUAGCAGGAGAUCCCACCUUGUUCAGCACAAGAAAUUUCACAUUGGAUAAAAGCCGCCUGAAUCAAACAAAAUUUGAGAAAGCCUGUAGCAAAAGCACCAUCCUAGUGUGUCAUAGAACAGAACAUUGGAAUAAGGCCUUAUGCAUGCAGCCGAUGUACGACAACCUAUAGCAGCCAACACAUACUUCUUCUACACUGGAGAAAGGACUUGAGUGUUGUGAAUAUGGCUGAAGCAUUUGUAUAAAACCUGAUCCAGCACCAGAAUAUUCACAUUAUAGAAAUUGUGCAACAGAUGUACGAAAUUUUUAAUGUAAAUCUCCAGACAUGUUCUGUACCAGCGGGUUCAUACUAAUGCAGAAUUUUAUGAAUGUAGCAACUCCAGAACAUCCUUUACAUGUAAAAUCAUAACUGUUGAGCACCAGAGAAUACACACUGGGAAAAGGAUUUAUGAGUACACUGAAUUGUGAAAUGGGUUUGGCAAAGCUGUAGCUGAAUUCACAUCUGAUAGAUGAGUUGGUUGAAUAUGAACAAUUUUUUAGCCAUGGCUCCAACUUCAUUUUACAACAGAAUUCAUAUAAAGCAAGACUUUAAUGAGUAUAAGAAAUGUAGGAAAACAUCUAGCCUUAAUCCAUAUUUCUUUAGGACUAGAGAAUCCAUACUAAAAAGUGGGACUUCUCAGUUCUAAAAAUGUGAAAAAUUAUUCAGGCCUAAGUGCGGCUUCAUUAAACAUUUUAGAAGUCAAUGCACAAGAGGAAAGUGCACUCACUGAAAAAUGUACCAGUCAAUGAUCCUAAUUCAUUUCCCACUGAGAAGAGCCUUAGGAGUAUAGAAGAUGUGCUAUCUGCUUAUUCAAUACAAGGACAGACAUUGGAGAAACACCCUGAGAAAUCAUCAGCCAAAUGUUAAAUCGUAGAUGUUGACAUCCACACUUAAGAUUCAGUAUAAUUAUGUGGGACAUUCUCAGGACUGCAUUGUACGUUCUAAUCCCAUCCAAGGCCCUGGUUGUGUCAGUGCCAGUACUUUUGGUUGAAGGCUCUUCACCUCUGCCACCUUGCAAGUACGAAUCAUAAACCCUAGUAUGCUCAGUGAGCACAUACUUUGGUGGCCUUUAUCCUAUCCCCUGGAGGCAAAUCACAAGUUGUCUAAGCAUAAUUAUAAUUGGGACUGAAGUACUGUAUGUGAGUAACAGUUGGGGUGACUAUAGCAAGCCCAAGAGUUACCCCAUGUAAAGGUGCUUCCAUAAAUACUCUAGUCCAGUCAUCAUAGCUCUGAGUGAUGAGGGUACACAGAUAUACUCAGGAUCAUUGGACUCAUGUAUUGCCUAUGGCCAUGGUGAUUGGCAAAACAAAUAAUGUAAAUGUUUCUGGCUUCCCAUAGCCUGCUUGGGCUAUUCACUUCAAGGUUUCCUGCGUUGGCAGGAAAGGGGAGCCAGAGAACAAAUCCUCUGGUCUAGAGAUAAAGACUUGUGUCUCAUGAGGCAAUGUCCUUCACUGUUAGUCUUCCUAAAGGAUGAAGAAAAUUAUAGUGGAGUCAAUAUGCUUAAGAAACCCAUCUGGUUUUUCAAGAGGACUUGAUCUACAUUUUUACAUGGAACCUUUUUUUGAUGACUUGAAGUAUGAUAUAAAUUAUAGACUUAAGAAGUCUUAACAUAUGUAAAAACCCAUGAAGCCACCCCAAGUAUGAAGAUACAGUGAUCAUCUGCAAAGCUACCUUGUGUACCCAUGUGCUCUUCUCAUCUUCCCUGGCUCCUCUCUAUGACUAGCAAUUUACUGUUAGUAUGAACUAAAUUGCUUUUCCUGAGAUUACACUUUUUUCUUUUCUUUUUUUUUU